CCAUGUCAUUCCAAUGCUACGUGCAAUAACACAGAUGGAUCUUAUAUUUGCACAUGUGAUUAUGCUUAUACUGGAGAUGGACAAAAAUGUACAGAAUUAAACGAAUGCCAAUUAUUUUUGCCAUGUCACUCAAAUGCAACCUGCAAUAUUACAAAUGACUCUUUUAUCUGCACUUGUGAUUCUGGAUAUAGUGGAGAUGGAUUCGAUUGCGGCGAUAUUAAUGAAUGUGAAGCAGUUUCUUGUGGUCUCAAUGUAAACUGCACCAAUACUGAUGGUUCAUACCUGUGUGAAUGUAACAUUGGAUAUCAAGGAAAUGGGACAAACUGUACAGACAUGGAUGAAUGCCAGACAGUUCCUUGUGGUUUCAAUGCAAAUUGCACAAACACUGACGGCUCAUACAUUUGUGAUUGUCAAACCGGAUAUGAAGGAAAUGGAGAUAAUUGCACAGAUGUGGAUGAAUGCGAGGCAGUUCCUUGUGAUUUUAAUGCGAAUUGUACCAACACUGAUGGUUCAUACAUUUGUGAUUGCCAAACCGGAUAUGAAGGAAAUGGAGAUAAUUGCACAGACGUCAAUGAAUGCCAAUCAAAUCCUUGCGACGUAAAUGCAAAUUGUACAAAUAUCGCUGGUUCGUAUAAAUGUACUUGCCACGAGGAGUUUGAGAGCCAUGGAAACAGCUGUACAGGCUCAUCCAGUGAAGAAUCUUCAUCAGUCAGUAACAUCGGCGUUAUUGUUGGUGUGGUGGUUGGCGUGGUUGUUAUAGUUAUAGUCGUAUCCGUCGUAGCUUGCUACUUUUUUCGACGAAAACGAAAAGAGAAAAAUACUGAAGACAUUCCUGACAUCAAAAAUGCUGCUUUUGAAGCAGACGUGGGAGACAUAGAAGUUGCCACGAAACCAUCCGGAAAGUCUUCAGAUGCUCCCAAACCUGAUGGCCUGUAUGAAGCACUGGACCAUUCGAAAAGGGAAUCUAUUGAUGAUAAUUAUCAGAGUUUGAUAGAUGGUGAUUACGAACAGCUUCACAGCGAUCCUUACGAAGACGUCAAGGCGUAUGCUUCAUUGAAUAAGAAUAACGAGCCGGAAAACAAAGUUAAUAGCGAAACUCUGUACGAAGAGGUAUCUUAAUGUAUUAUCAUGAAAGCCCAUACAUGCAGGCUGAGAAUUUUUCAUUACAAAUUUGGUUUUGCAUUUUAUCUGCACUGCAUGUAAAUCUUUGGAUAGAUUCGCCGCAUGAAUUUAAAAUAACUAAAAUAACUUGUAUGCUCUCUUAGGUGUUAAAUAGUUAAGUAAUUACCACUAUUAUUAUCAUAAACAUACAAAUUAAUCUGUGCAUAGCUUAUCUUGAACAUCACAAUAAUUAUACAUGUUAUCCUUUCUCUAUUACGGAUUAUUGAAGCUAUAAAACGUAUUGCCUAUAAAACAUUAGAAGGGUAACUUGACUAACUUCGAAUAAUGAAAGUAAGCAUAUUUAUAAUUUCGACACUCACAGGGUGGGAAUAUGGGCAAAUAAUGGAAAUACCUGUACUUAGCACUACACAAAAUUAAGAUACUUCGUGAC